AGGGGUGUACUAGGGAGCUGGUGAACUGGGCGGGCGCUGUUGCACGUGUUCUGAAUGGGGAAGACGGGCUCGCAUCGCAUUUCUCAGGUCCAAUCGAUCCCUGCUCGGGAGGAGCGACGGGAGAGCAACUAUCACUCCUAUAUCACUAUACCAUCACUCUCAUCAGCAUCUCCCCGGCGACUAUAACGCCUCUGUGUGACAGACUCACAUAACGAGAUGAACUUGUGCGGAGUGUCAUCAACCCGGUGUCGCUUUGGGGGAAUUACGCACUUCUGAUGACUUUCUCCUCAGUCUGGUUCUGAGAUGGGACUCAACGAGAUCAUGGCAAGUUGGAGCACGUCCUUAUUACGCGAGCCCUGUCUUCUAGCCCGGUUUCGGAGGGUUGGCUCUGCGGAGUGGCAGCAUAUCUCCUCACUCAUUCUUUAGCGUGUUUGUGCGCGGGUACCCGGACGGAAGACUUACUAGGAUUGCCCUGUUUGGUGUGAAAACAAAACGCCUUGGAGUUGAAACAGAAAGUGGCAAAGCUCUACUAUCGCCUCACCUGGACUUUGUACAGCUACCAAAGAUCAUGCCAUCGCGGUUAUAGAUUUGGAGCCUUCUUCUGUUUGAGGUGAGGAAAAGGUGGAAGCAGGAGGAAGAAGAAAAGGAGGAGGUGAUUUGAGGUGGUGCGCGUGAAUGCAGCCAUGGCCUGUAGCCGCUGUUCAUAAAGAAGCCACACAGUGGAAGCGAGACCAAAGGAGACAGAUGACCAACAGGAUGAAACUGAGGGGGAGGUCAGCUUGGCCUUGGCAGGUGGCCUUCCUUGUUGCCUUGGUGAUGCUCUACGUUGACCCAGUGUCUGCUGGCAACCGUAACCAUCGGGGACCGACAGGUACACCAGGUCUCGAUCCAAGCUCCCCUUCCAACACCAAGAGAGCAUCAUACCAAGUGAAGCAGGGGACAUGUGAGGUGGUGGCGGUGCAUCGCUGCUGUAAUAAGAAUAAGAUUGAGGAGCGCUCUCAAACCGUCAAGUGUUCCUGUUUCCCGGGGCAGGUCGCUGGCACGACCAGAGCCAGACCCUCCUGUGUGGAAGCGUCCAUUGUAGCCCAGAAGUGGUGGUGUCAAAUGCAGCCAUGUAUGGAUGGGGAGGAGUGUAAGGUCCUUCCUGACCUGACCGGUUGGUCCUGCAGCACUGGCAACAAAGUCAAAACCACCAAAGUCACCCGAUAGCAAGAGAGCCACCGAGCCAUGAGGAAACAUGAAGCUUUCCAUGUGGAAAGGAUGGAUGACUCACACAUAUUGUAUUUACUGUAAGAUGCGGGAAAGGAAAGGACUGCUGUCAAGAUAUCCAUCACAAAAUAAUGGGAUCAAACAUACUCAUCACAAACUAUGUUCACUUGGCAACAUGGAGCCACGUGUACAGCAUAUGUAAUAUGCUGGUUGUUGAGACCAAUGGACUACAAUCAGGGUACCAGUGGACAAUAAGGUGACUCUUUUUUUCCAAUAAUGAACAGUUUGGAUUAAUCAGAAACGUUUGAUUUCAAACUCCAAUUAAGCAUUUCAAAGUAUAUAUUUCAACAAAGCUUACUGGGACGAGCGUAAGAUGUGAACUAGAGGCGGCGCUGAGAGUGUUGCUGGACACGGUUCAAACCUGUUGAACAUAUACUGGAAACACUGGCGGCAGUCUGGAUGGGUACAUGAGAUUUAGCAGCUUAUAACUAGCAAAUAGCAAAUUAGAUUUAAACGGCUCUUGUGGGUCAAGUCACUACCACAAAGACUGUUUUGCGGGAGUCAUUUUGCAGUUCUAAUUAGGAAUUGCAAUAGGAUCAUAACAACAUAUUAAAAAUUCAUGUAAGAUAUUUGCACUAGUCGAAGCCGUUUGGGAAUGUUUUGUUUUUCUAGAUAUCUCCCAUCUUUUUGCUGUGGAUGUCACAUGAAACUGAAGGUGAGCAUUUUGUAAAGUGUCUGACACUUGAAGUAGAUAAAUAUGUAUAUCACACCUCACUCAUUCUGAGUAGUUAUUUGUUUAAAAAAAAAGGCUCAGACUGUCGAGCUUCACUUACAUACAGCUUGGUACAAUAUGAACUAUUAAAGUGUGAUUCAUCCGUCUCAUUUUUUUGCCCAGAGAAAUUUUCCAGGCUCGGCCUUCAGAGUUAUAUAGCUUUGAUCUGUUUUAUUCGGUACUGCGACAUCUCUUAUUUUGACUGUUGAAAGGAGGACCAUAAAUGCUCAAACAAGUGUGACCUGUUCUAAUGUUGUUAUUUCUUUCUUCCUUCUUUUUUUUUCCUUGCUGAAAAUGUUUUCCAAAUAUUCUGGUUCUUAAUCUUUAAAAGCACCACAGAUACAAACCCACCGCACGAUGAGGUUUCUUUUUAGCUUCUUUUUAUUAGACGCGUUAGUUUU